AUGGUUCCUCUAGUUUUCCUGAUACCAAAGGAGUCCGGUGAACGUCUGAGUUUAGCGGUGACAGGUUUAUUAGCGGUGUCUGUAUACAUGUCACUCGUAGCAGGAAGUUUGCAAAGCAGUUUAGACCCUAUGCCCCUGAUCAACGUGUGCAUGUUUGUGUGGUUCUUGUCAAAUGCGGCCAUUGUAAUCAUAGUUAUGUUGGAUUCUGCUCUCCGUUUGAAGAAAGAAACAAAGCAUGUUCCGUCUGUCUGUGACCCCAUAGUUACAUUUGCCAAGAGAUUGCGUUGCGAGUCAAAGAAAGUUUCAGAACAGGAUUCAUCAGAAGAGGAUAUUGAGAUGGUCUCGCAUAAUGAUGGAACGCACAACAGAAAUGACCGAGGAAAAUCGAACAUUCAAGAUAGGAAAAUCACCUGGCAAUACGUAAGUCGCGCCCUGGACACAUAUAUGAUCGUGAUUAUCUAUGCAAUAAAGCUCGUAUUCGCCGUAUGCGUGUUCUGUGUUCUGUACUACGGCGACGUUGACAAGUCAAGUCCGCGGGUGCAAGCCGCCCGCCUGGAAAGCAUUAUUUCACAAGCGAUUGUGUGUGAGGACAAUGGACUAUAA